UGUGUAUGAAUAAACAGACUAACACACACACACAUACACACACACACACACACACACACACACACACACACGCCGACUAGAGGCUGUAUUUCCACAUUCCGCUCGGAGGGGGACACACCCUCAGAUCCGGAGGAGGAGAGGUUCAGCCGGGACAGCUGAUGGGAUGCAGAGAGAAGAAAGACGCUGCUGCCUUUACAUUGCUUCUCUCGCGAGCUUCUGACAGAAAACAACGGGGCUGCUGCAACAUGUCAAUCACAGCCAAACACUGGACUCCUGAUCCCUACUGACCCGUGUCACCAUGCCAACUCCCACGAUCCUCACAGCAACCAGGAGUCCUCAGAGAAGCUUCUAGGUUUACAGCUGUGAGCCUUCAUAACGUGGAUCCUCUCCAGUGCUGAGAGAGAGAGACCAGGAGGCAGAGAUGGUUUGCCAGUGGUGUGUCCUGCUGAUUUUCAUCUUGCUGGCGAAGAUGGGACUUGCGGGUGGAUGUGUGUGUCCAGCAGCCACCAUUUUGUCCCAGUUUCCCUCUGAGGUUCCUACUGACGUCUGUUGCUUGAACUACUCCGGCUCUGCUUUCAGCCAUGUGCCCUGGUCUGUGUUUACCAAUGAGACAAAUAUAAAGACUCUGGAUCUCUCCUUCUGUAAUAUCACUUCUCUUAAUGUGAGUGAAAAAGUAGUCUCUACAUUGCAAAAGGUUUACUUAGGUCAUAACAGACUAACGGUGUUGCCAAGGGGGUUUCUUGCCAGCCAGCCGAGCCUGAAGGAGGUGGAUCUGAGCAGAAACCAGAUUCAGGAGCUUCCUGAGGGUUUUCUCCAAGACUCAGAUAGCCUCCAGAAGCUUUAUCUGCAGGGAAACCAGUUACGCUUCCUGCCGGGCUCUUUGCUACAGAAGCCCAGUCUGCAAACACUGGAGCUGGAUGGGAACCCCUGGGACUGCUCCUGUUUGUUACUGGAAGGCCUGGAGGAAGGCAGGAAGGUUAACAGGACUAUUAACCUACAGACUCUGGUGGGGAACUUGACCUGUGUCUCUCCCAGGUACCUGGCUGGCAGGAUUGUGUUCUCGGUGAGGCUUAGCGACGCAUGCCGCCCAGCUGGCCUCACCGCACUCUUCAUCGUGCUCCCUCUUCUCAUCCUCUCCGCCUUGGUGCUUUGCUGGUGCUGUGGGAGAAAGAGGAAGAGAAAAGAAGCACCAGUAAGCACAUCUAAAAAGAGAGCCUCCAGCUCCAGCUGUAACGGCCAGAAGCAUCGCAGCAAGCAGAAACCUGCAGCCAGUGAGCCGAGUAAAGCUGGAAGCUCUGGCAGUGAGGGGAUCCUGAAGAACCAGCUGCUGCUACGCCCGUCAUCCACCCUGCUGGGCAGCACCAGGGACAUUUAUGAAGAGGUGGAGGUUAAGGUGGGCUCAGUGGAGUCUCUUCCCCGAGUUUCCUUACGUUGUUCCAGCUUCACAGAAGGGAAGCAGGGUCCCGAAGGGCCUGACAGAGCCAGCAAGACAGACCUGGACACAGUCAGCGUGACUGAAGUGAUGAAAGACUCAGCUGACAGAGAGAAGGCUUACCUGACUCAGUCAACUGAAUACUACAGCCUGGUGCCGGGUAUCGAACUGGAGGACUCAGACCACGGCGAAUAUGAGAAUGUGGACCUCUCGUGACACCAUUUUAAAGGAAUAGUUCAACAUUUUGGGAAAUAUGCUUAUGUUUUCAUGAUGAUAAUUAGAUGAGAAGAUCUGAACCUACUGAGUCUACUCAUGUUUGUUUGUUAAAAGCUGUUAAA